UUCAUUAUAUUUGACAAUCACAUUUGACACUUGACAGUAGAUUAUUUUGACAGAAAAAAUAUUUUCCGGAAUUCCAAAUAAAUUAGAGCAGCAUCAUUUAGCACCGCAUAUUUAACUAUAAAUCAGAAUUUAUCCAGCAAGUGAUAAAAACAUCGCUGAAGAAACUUUGCCUUAGUGUUAUAAAUAUAUUCAGAAAGUUAGUUAAUAUGGCAGAUCAACAUGAUGCGCCAAUGACUAACAACGAAGCAGAUGAAAUUCCGGCGAAAGAUUCUGCGCAGAAUGGUAAAGCUGAACGUGAUUCGCCGCCGCCGCCCGCGACCCCGCCGCCGGCCGACGAAGACACCCAGGAACUCAUCGUAGUGAACGAAAACACUACGGAGUUGGACCUGAACCAUGGAAGGAUCGGGAAAAUCGAGAAUCUCGAGCCGCUGAGACGUUUAGAAAGAUUGUAUCUUAGAUGGAACUUGAUCAAGAAGAUUGAGGGUUUGGACACUCUGAGCACUCUAGUGGAGUUGGAACUUUAUGAUAACCAGAUUGUAAACAUUGAAAAUCUGGAUAAUCUUGUUAAUUUGGAGAUUCUAGACCUGUCUUUUAACAGAAUCAAAGAGAUCACAGGCCUAGAAAAACUUACAAAUUUGAAAAAACUGUUUUUGAGCUCCAAUAAGAUAUCUGAAAUAAAAAAUGUGAACCAUUUCCCAAAACUGGAGUUGCUUGAGUUGGGAGAUAACAGAUUGAGGGAAAUCAAGAACCUAGAAGGUCUGAAAACACUCAAACAAUUAUAUUUAGGAAAAAACAAAAUAACCAAAAUACAGAACUUGGAUGAUCUCACUGAACUGCAGAUAUUGGUUUUGCAAAGCAAUCGUAUAACGAAAAUCGAAAAUCUGGAAAAUGUGACUAAUUUGGAACAACUUUACAUAUCCGAGAAUGGUAUUAGUGUUAUUGAGAAUUUGGAUAAUCAGGUGAAAUUGGAGACUUUGGAUCUGGCAGUUAACAGAAUAACUGUGAUUGAGAAUGUCAGGCACAUGGCUGACUUAGAGGAGCUUUGGCUCAACGACAAUCAGAUAGCGGACUGGUCGUCUAUAGAAUAUCUACAACAGAACAAGAAACUGGCCACCAUAUAUUUAGAGCGUAACCCGCUUGCUUCAGACCCGGCUUACAGAAGGAAACUGAAGCUCACGCUGCCUUCGCUACAGCAGAUCGACGCUACUUUGUGUAGAUAAGAAUUUUAUCAUUACUUUGUAGCAUUGUAGUUUAGUGUUGGGCCGCCGGAAUAAAUAUUUGGAAAACAUAUAUUUGAAAUUCUCUUACUAUAAACAUCUUUUAUCGUAUCAGUGAAAAGUUUAAAUUAAUCUCUUACAGCUUUCUCUUUCAAACCAAUAUGAAAUUUUAAACUCUACGACUUUUUGAUGCUAGAUAAUAAAGUUAAAAAUGAUUGAACCAGUCCAUCAUGCUAAAUAGUAUCAAACGUUACACUCAUGAGUUCGCCAUCGAAAUUAUAAAUCAUAGCUGUAGGUAUGUAGUGUUUCUAGAAACUAUUUUACCUACUGUCGCAGUUCAGGUAUUUUGGUUAUCACAUAGCUAAUAUUAAAAAUAAAAUCGCUACUGGUUAACUUCUUGCCUAAAUUUCCCGCAGCCCAAUGUAUUCCGUAACGAUAGAGGCAGCCUUUGCAGAAAUGUUUGUAUUUACAUUGAUUGCAGUUAGUAUGUUUCGUAGAUGUCUGCUUAACGUGUUACUCUUCCAUUUGUCGACUGAUAUGUAAAAAUCUCAAGUAGUGAUGUCAUUAUUUUAAAUGGCUAGAUUAGAGGAGGCUGGGUUAAUAUGGCUUUUAUGUUUAUUUAUUUAAUUUACAAACCAAGGCACUGGUGUCUUUAUCUAGCAAAAGAUAUUAUAUUAUAGCAAUUUUAACCCAGUCUCCUCUACUAAGGUAUCAUUUUAAACAAAUGAUCAUCCAUAAAUUAAAUCAAGCGCGAAAUUGUGGAUUAAAAUCUUCCAGUGAGCUCUGUGUUACGACUUUACAAAGCUGCUAUUAUAUUAAAAAAAACUUAAUAGUUUUAUUGAUUUUAUAUAUAGGAUUUAGCAGUCUAUUUAUAUUUCACAUAGGCGCGCAAAGUUUAUGUAAUUUAUGGAUGGUCACUAUUAAGUCAACCAAAGCAUUCUAAAGUAUAUUUAUAUUCAGGUUUAUUGUAGCCAUUCGGUAAUACGCAGAAUAUUCCUAUGCCAAUAUACUCAAUUUUAUAUAUAAAAAUAUGAACCAACAAGCUGAAACGACUCAAUAAUGUAAGUGCCUCGAAUCAUUGUCCAAAUUUAUCGUAAAAAUUAGAUCAAAUUCUAGAUUCUAGAUUACGCGCUGAACUAGACUCUUAAGUGAUAGUACUAGUAUUAUGGGACACGUAGUUUAGACGAUUGAGUGCCAUUCGUGUGUGAAUUCGAAUCCUGCAUAAGAAAUAUUUGCAAUAAUAUUGAAAUCCUGGCAGCAUUUAACAAUGAGCAGUCUCAUGAAUUUGAGGUUUCACAAAUGGACACUUUUGAUUUACAUAAAGAAAAUUAUAAAAUAUCGUCACUGUGAAAAUGAAACGGGAAUAAGUUCGGCGAAUCGUAAAUGCACUCUGCACAUCUGCCGGCCCAUUCUGGGUUAAAGGUGUGAGGUUAUGUGCACAUUAAAAAAGGGGAAUAGCGUAUUUGAUUUCAUUUGUUUAUUUUCAAAUUCAAAUAUUUACCUCAUAUAAAUUCUAACACAAAAAAAUAGUAAUAAUUCCGUAAAAAUCAAAAAGUUUAAGCCUUUUAAUUUUGAUCGAUGACGAUGACGUCAUAGUAAAUUACAAUGCGUGCGAAAGAAUGAGACGGAGCGAUAUCCCAACUACGCGCCCACUCUUGCACAUGGCAGCAUUUGAAAUAAGAAUUACUGCCUCAUUUUUAAAUCAAUUUCAAUGGAUUUUCCUCAGAAGGUCUUAUUUCGUACUAUUUGCUAUUACAUAUAGAAUAUUAUAAAAAAUAAAAUAUAGGAAAAUAACCUAUUGUGUUGCGACUUACAGUAGAGUGAUUGUGGUAAGGUGUGGUCUCUGGCUAUAAUAGUAGUCAUAAAGAAAAGGAAUAAUGAGGCUACGAGUAAUUAGAAGCACAACUAGUAAAGCACUAUUAUAAAAUUAUAAAUUAUUAUCGCACAUUUACAUUUAAUGUGUGCUUUGAAAUUUUAAUGUAUUAGGCGAAAAUGAAUUGAUUAAUAUACAAAAUGUGUCCCUGUUCAUAAUUCAUGAUUAAUUUAGCAGCUGAAUAUUAAUUUGUAAUUUAACGUUUCAUCCAAUAAAGUAAGUCGCCAAUGACCCUUAAUGUAGGCGAAUUAAAUAACCUUGUAAAAAAAAGAUGCAAUACAUUUAUGUACUUUUACGAAUUUUCACUAUAAUACAAAAUCCCUAAUUGAAAUAUAUACGGUACUAUUGAAUGUUUAUUUAUGAGAUUUAAAAAAUAAAUGGAAUUGAACAUUUUCUGAAUAAAAUAGUAUACUAUGUAACAUAUUAUUAUAUGCAUUAUAUUUAAACAAGACUCCUUCGUUACGUUCCUUCAUAUAUAAUCGGUGAGCAUGGUCGACUUUCCCAAAAACAUACUGUCCAUAUCAUAAAUUUUGUCUGGAACAUGAAAAAAAUUAGAGAAACGUGUCAAACAAAAUAAAUUGCUCAUUACGUAAUUCGAAAUAGAUUUCAAAUAUAUUUUUCUUCUUGGGGUAAAUCGGCUGUGGACCACUUAUAUAUAUGUAUAUUGUAUUCUAUAACAAGUCGACUACGUACCUACAUACGUCUACAUCGUGCCUUUUUGCGGCAAAAGUAUUGCAUUUUUAAUAACAAUUUGUCUAGUGUAACCCCCACGGGCCCACACGCAGUUAGAAUAGGAAGAAAAGGGUUCAUAUUUGUUCCAAAUAGGAAAUAACUCCCAAUAUUCUAACAUAUUCAAAGAAUUAGGAGUAUGUGUAUGAUUCUUGUAUGUAUUUAUUUUACCACACUCCACAAAGUUCGUGUUUGAAAUGUACAAUUGUUGAUGUUAAUGUGAAAUGUAUGAAAUAAAUAACCUUAUGAAACAUU